AUGGCCACCUGUCUUGGCGCCAGCGAUCAACCCAGCCUCGGCAGAGGCAGCAGAGACUCGAGCUUCAGGAGUGUCACGGUGCCACAGCAAGAAGGUUUCAGGACGGAGAGAGGGGUCCCCCGGAGCUGGACCCAGGCGGGCCCCUCGGGCAGGUCCUCACACACCUUGCGCCUCCAGGAGCAGGAGCAGGCGGGGAGUCGCUCGUUGGUGCACUAUCUGCAGCACCGCGCCCUGGGCAUGCGGGGCCGCCCCAGUCUCCAGGGCGUCAGGGGCCAAAUGGGCUGCAGGUUAGCGUCCCAACUGCCAGAGCUGCUGACCGAACGCCGGCUGCACCUGGGCGCAGUGGACAAGGUGUUCUCGUCGCAGUGGCUGAAUGACCGCCAAGUGGUGUGUGGCACCAAGUGCAACACCCUCUUCAUGGUGGAUGUGCACUCCGACCACGUCACUCCCAUCCCCCUGCUGCAGGACAGGCGGCCCAGAUGGUACCGGGUACACCCUGCCUCUGGCAUCCGCGCCAUCGAGCUGAAUCCCUCCAAGACGCUACUGGCCACGGGGGGCGAAAAUUCCAACAGCCUCGCAGUCUAUCAGCUGCCCAUGCUAGACCCCGUGUGCGUGGGCGACCGCCGUGGCCACAGGGACUCCAUCACCUCCAUGGCGUGGAUCAGUGACGCCGCGGUCGUGAGUGGCUCUUGGGACGGCUCCUUGGCAGUAUGGGAAGUGGAUCCUGACAGGCUGACUGGCAGCACGGCUUGCAGCAGUGAAGCGAAGGUCCCACCAUAUGCCCAUAUCCGUCCAAGGAACAAAGAGCUCAUCCCUGGAUCCAGCAUCCACUAUGGCAACUCCAAGGUGCAAGCCGUGGCUUUCGGUGGUAAGAGACAGGAGCUGGCAGCAGUGUCCCUGGAUGGCUACUUCCACCUGUGGAAAGCCCAGAGCACCCUGACCAGGCUGCAGUCUUUUAGCCUGCCCUUUGACCAAGAAAACACGUGCCUCAGCUACUCGGAGGAAUUGUCCCUUUAUGCCGUGGGCUCCCAGUCACACGUCUGCUUAUUGGAUCUGCGCAAAGGCCACCCCAAUAUCGGGGUCAGGCCCGUGUGCAACAUAGAGGAUGGCAUUGGUGUGUGCUCCAUGAGCUUCCAUCAGCAUAUCAUUACCAUGGGCACGGGCCACAGCUGCCUGAUAUUCUUUGACAUCCGCAAACGCAGGUUCCUGGAAGAGAUGUCUGCGACCAGCCCAGAGUCCCUUUUUGAGCCCACAGGCAGGAAGCUCAGACUCUCCUGUAGCAAACACUGGGCCGACCAGGAUGACCACUGGAUGAAUUAUUACCCCAGUAUCCAGGACAUCCCUUACGGGAUCUACACCCACUGCUACAACUGGCCUGAAAUGAAGCUGUUCAUGGGAGGAGGGCCUCUGGCCUCAGAACUGCGUGGGAGCUAUGCAGGCCUCUGGAGCUAA